GCCAGCGAAAGUCCAGUACCGGUACCAGUAAGGUGCGGUGUCCUUUUCAGUUGGUUGCCUCUAUCUUGCUCACUUUACCAUCACAAAAACUACUGCGCUGAUAGCUUUAGAGGAAGAGGGGAGGUGAGAGAAAUGGAACAGAGAUUGUUGUGGUGUGAAAAGAGCUCGCUUUUAGGGUUCAUAUUUGCGGUUAUUUUUAUUAUAUGCAACGAGUGCAUCAUACAGUGUAAUGCUUCAAUCCACGAGUACAGAAAUGAAGCUUUCAGUCCUCAGUCAAACGCCUUCUUCUUCCAUGGCGGCAGCGAGGGCCUCUACGCCUCUAAGGUCCAUGGUUCUGCUGAUUCUUCGUCCACAGACAAUCAUCACCUCAGGGGCAAGUCCUUCAUCAGGUUUGAGAGUGUCACUUUUGUGAGGACUAAAGAGUCUGCCAAUAAGCAAAGUGAAAUGCAGCAGAAUACUGGUUUGGUGGAAGCUAUCAUUCUUGAAGUGAAGGAUAGGGUUCGGAUUGGAGCUUCUUUCGUCCAAUCCGAAAAGAUAUGCUGCACCAGGAAUCUUUCGAAUUCUGGAUACUGCACGGUGGGAGAGGUUGUUAUCCACAAAAAUCCAGACAACCCUGACUGGCCUGUGCGCAUCAAAACCUUUUUUAAUGGAAAGGAUGAAGAGGCCAGAAUGGAUACUAAGUCAGUUAAUAUCAAUAGUUCUGGAAUGUACUACCUUUAUUUUAUGUUCUGUGAUCCGCAACUCAAGGGCACAUUGAUUAAAGGAAGGACUGAUUGGAGAAACCCAGAUGGUUAUUUGCCUGGGAAGAUGGCUCCUUUGAUGACAUUAUAUGGCUUUAUGUCUUUAGCUUACCUUGUGCUUGGCCUAGCCUGGUUUCUGAGGUUUGUUCAGUUUUGGAAGGAUAUUAUUCAAUUGCACUACCAUAUUACAGCAGUGAUUGCUCUUGGAAUGUGUGAAAUGGCUGUGUGGUACUUUGAGUAUGCCAAUUUUAAUUCAACUGGAAUCAGACCUAUGGGCAUUACAUUAUGGGCUGUAACCUUUAGCGCUGUCAAGAAGACUCUUUCUCGCCUUCUUCUUUUGGUAGUUUCCAUGGGCUUUGGCGUUGUGAAGCCUACACUGGGUGGUAUAACACCAAAAGUAUUUCUUCUUGGUCUGAUAUAUUUCGUGGCAUCAGAAGCACUUGAGCUUGUUGAACAUUUGGGGAACAUUAAUGAUUUUUCUGGAAAAACAAAGUUGUUUUUGGUUCUACCUGUUGCCUUCUUAGAUUCAUGGUUUAUUCUAUGGAUUUUCUCAUCGUUAUCAAAAACUUUAGAGAAACUUCAGAUCAGGAGAAACAUGGCUAAAUUGGAACUAUACCGAAAAUUUACCAACUAUCUCGCAAUUUUUGUGCUUCUCUCGGUUGCUUGGAUUGGCUUUGAGCUAUAUUUCAAUGCAACGGAUCCUCUGAGUGAGUAUUGGCAAAUUGCUUGGAUUAUUCCUGCAUUCUGGACUCUGCUUGCAUAUGCUCUCUUGGCGGUGAUAUGUAUCCUUUGGGCUCCUUCACGUAACCCAACUAGAUAUGCAUACUUGGAGGAAGCAGGAGACGAUUUUGAUGAGGAGGGCAUCUCGUUAACAAGUGGUGCUUUGAAGGUGAGUGGAGAUGUGACAGCCAUGCGAGAAUACGACAAUGUGCUUGCCGAAGAUCGGGAGGAGGAUAAGCGAGAAUAGAUCUUUGCUGGCCCUGUAUUUUUACCUUGAUGAAGCUUCAGUUUCAUCAUAACCAGCAGUUCUAUAAAUCUUGAGACAGAAUCUAUGUUGUAUUGUAUGUAGAGAGAAUAGGUGAAUGACUAGUUAUGGUAGAGAAGUAUGUGAAGAAAGAAAUACAAAUUUUAGAGCUGUACCAUAAAUGUAUGAUCAGUUUCAGUUUAGGCAAGAGAACAAAGAUAAUCUAAUUCAUGAUGAGCCAUUUCCAUUCU